AUGGGAACAAAAGUGCAUUGCAAGAGCUACGUGCCAGGAUAUUAUUACUCAAUGAGGGAUCUUAACGAGGAUUGUAGCAGUAGUAGUUGGCCGUCUUGUUAUGGGGAUAAGGCCAUGACAAACGGGCAAUAUCAUAACGGGUUUAUGCAGAGGACCAUAACCGAUAGUUAUCUAGGGUACGACAAGGACACUUUGAAGCAGAAAAUUAUUGAACAUGAGGCAGUUUUCAGGAGCCAGGUUUAUGAACUCCAUCGUCUUUACCAAGUUCAAAGGGAUAUGAUGCAAGAAUUCCAAAGGAAAGAACAGCUCAAAUUCCGAGUAUCAACCGAGCCAUCAUCAUCCUCAAGCCGUAGAGAAUCUCAAGUGCAGUAUCAGGAUCCUCAUAAAUGGCACAUAGCGAGCUUUCCACUAUUGAACUCCAGUCACAAAAUGAUGUCUCAUUCCAGAAUGGAAAUCGAGCAUUCACCAAUGAGCUGUACCAAAGGGUACAACACUACGCAGCCCAGUCACUCUCCUUUCCGGAAUGUGUCUUCUCCUGAGGAAUCCGAGAGGCCCCUGAAGUUGAGGAAGAAAUUGUUCGAUCUUCAACUCCCUGCAGACGAGUAUAUUGACCCAGAAGAGAAAGGAGAAGUAUCUGACAUGUCGUGCCAAGGUGAAAUUACGAAUCUUUCCCUUGGUGAUUGUGGGGGUGUGAAGACUGAUUUGCAUGGGAAUAAGUUGGCCAAUCUAAAUGAGCCCUUUGAGGUUGAAGAAUCUGUGGGUCAGUCUACAGUUGAUUUCCUUGAUCCUGGUGGAAAGACAAGAGGCGAAAGUCGUCCUGAUAAAUCGGAUGUGUGUUACUUUGAUGAAAAUGAAGAAACACGACGGGUUUGUCAUGAGUUUUCUGUUAGGUCAUCUGCUGCAAGUAAGGUUAAUGAGAGUGCAUGGUUUGCCCAUCCAUAUGAAGCAGGUUAA